AUGGCAACAUACUUUCUGACAGGCGCCAACCGCGGCAUCGGCUUGGAAUUUGUACGCCAACUCGCCGCCAAAUCAAACAAUACGAUCAUCGCAGGCGUACGCAGCAAGUCAGCUGAUCUAUCCGACCUAGAAGCUUUAAACACGCACUCCAACAUUCACAUUGUUGAAUGCGAUGUCGGCAGCCUAGACUCGCUUUCUGGCCUCGAAUUCCGUGUCGCCGAGAUCUUAACAAAGUCCGGUAGUAACCUAGACUACAUCUUCAAUGUGGCGGGCAUCAAUGCUACUAGCAGUGAUACCUCGCUGACGCUGGACCCCAAGAGCCUGAACGAGCAUAUGCAGACGAAUGUAAUGGGGCCCGCGAAGAUUGUGCAAAGUCUAAAGAGGUGGCUUGCGAGAGGUGCGACGGUGAUGAAUAUGUCUAGUGGAUUGGGGUCGCUAACGGUGGCGACGGAUGUUACAAAGUGCUGCACGUAUAGCAUGAGUAAGGCGGCUUUGAACAUGUUGACCUUGCAUCAAGCCAAGGACUUGAAGGCUGCCGGGGUGAGGGUUAUUACUAUGGAUCCGGGAUGGGUCAAGACACGAAUGGGCGGUAAAGGCGCAAUGAUCGAACCUGAAGUAAGCGUCGGAAGUAUGCUAGACGUGAUUAAUGGGCUCAAAGAUUCGGAUUCUGGGAAGUUUUAUAGAUACGAUGGUGCGCCUGUGCCUUGGUAG